GUGGUUGAAACAUCGUUGCGGUAAUCCGAACGUCGUUAAAUAUUCGACUUUUCUGUCAGUUCAUUUGUAAACGUUAAUUUGCGCGAUAUUACAAGUUACAAUGGACGUGUAAACGAAAAAUAACGUCCCGACUUUCUCUUAAUUGUAAUUUAACUGUUACAAACGACAACAUACGCGCAACAGAGCAGGGAAAAUAGUGUUAAGCUUGAUACUAAACUUGUGAAAAAUACAAGAUGUCACACACAUGGAGCACGAUACCGCUUCUUCCACUGAGGUGCAUACUGGAACACCUCAGCACGGAGGAUGCGUUAGCAGCGAUGUCAGUCUGUCGACACUGGCGGGACGCUAUACAUGUCUAUGAGGGACACAAGGAAUUACUGAAGCUGAGAGUGAAACAACUAGAGAAGUGCAAGUUCGUGUCUCGCGUAUUCAAGAAGAACGUGCGCAAACUGCACCUGUACAUAGACUGCAAUGAGCCGGAGAUCGACAAAUUCAUGAAUCUCGUGUUCCCACAAUUUUUCGACUCACCGAAUCUCGAGGAGAUAUUAUUCAUUGGACCAAGCUACAUGCAAUUGAGUAACCAUGUGCCAUUUAUUAAACUGAAGAGCCGGGUACAAAUCGAGAGUCUGGUGUACAAGAACAUACAGAGCCUGAAGAAGUUGGGCUUCAUGGGAUGCGGGAUGGCUGCAGUCAAGAAUGAAAACGAGAGAUACAGCAACAAGCAAGUAGAGUACUACUCCCGUCCGCUGAAGUUUAAUACCAUUCUCGCGAUGGCCGACACCAUCCUAAGCAGCACCAACCAACAUCUGAUGCGAUAUUCUACUAUCACUCAUUUAAUAGUGGACUACGAGCAACUGAGUACGUCGUCUUUGAUCACCUUGUCCCAGCUGAAGAGCUUCCGUUACCUGACUCUGAACAUCACGAACAGGAAGCCAGCGCUGCAGCGUAUCGACUGGGAGACCAUGCACGACUUCUACAAGUACUCGCUCAGAGUCACCGUUAAUAUUAUCGCCGUGCCAUACAGGAGGUUCGAGGACAUAAUGCAGAAUGUUCUAGUGGAGGGCCUCCGACUUAUAUCGCUCAAAGUUAUGUUCUGCAAGUCUCUAUACACGCCCCUACUGUCUCACAUAUCGCGUCUGUAUCAGAAUACUCUGCAGGAAGUGAUCUGGGCAGACUGUCCGUACGACUCUUCAGACCCUUACCAUCGCGUCGUCAGACCAUUGCGACAGGCACAGCCGGACACGUACGCGCACGUGAACCCGUUCGUACUUCUGUGUUGGCAGUGCAUGCAUCUACAACGACUCGCCAUACAUGGUUACUGGGUAUGGCAAUACGACUUGCUCGGUUUCGUGCGCCUGCGCAAAGGGUUGAUGCAAUUGGAGAUAUCCGCUAUAUACCACAAGCAGGAUCGGUUCCACAACAUGAUACAGUUGAGUGAGGAGGGAGCUAUUCGAGUCCUGUGCGGUGACCAACCUCCGCCUGUCGACCCGGAGUAUGUACAGGAAGUGAACGAGUACACAGACUUCAAAUGGCGGCCGACCCCGUGGUCGUCCCUGCACCCCGGCCUGCGCGCCCGCGCCACCUUACAACAACGCAUCGACUACGUCGUCAGCGAGGCGCGCGUGCCCACCGGAGUCGUACACAAACUGAACGGAGAAACAACUGCGAUAGCAACAACGGAAGACUCAUUGCAGCUAAGUAUUAAAAUUUCGAUACAACACCUUGUGAUAUACGGAGUAAAGUCGAAAUUACGGUGAACCGAGGGUAUUGGAUUAGUCUAAGUUGGAUUAUCUGAACGAAAACCUUUAGUUUUAAUUUAUGACUGAUAUUCCGAGCAUUUCCCUACAUUUUGUGACUAAUUGUGUGUUCUCAUUGUAAUUUCUUUUUGUAUGACUCAAAUUAAUCCAAUUUAGAUGAAUCCUACAAAGUUUGAUAGGAAAAUAUACAACCUAUAUAGAGGGCUGUUUUCAAUACUAUCUACAUAAUAAUAGACGACUAAAUAAGAAUAUGUUCAAGAAAAUUCUACGCUAUGUUCUUAGUAUUGAAAACAGUGAACGAAUAUUUAGAUAAAAUUGGGAUUGGCGAGGUUUCAAAUCAAGUUCAGUAUACAUUAUUUAACACGUACUCUUUCAAAUAUUAAAAAAGUAUUUAUUCUUUUCUUUUUAAACCGUGCCACAGCCCUAGAUGACAGAGUAUAUGUGAAAUAAUGAUAUUGAACCUAUCUAAUCGUUUCUUAUAUCUUUAAUACUAUACCCGUAGUGUUAGGUAAAAUAUAAAAAGUAUAAAAAAAAUGUUUUUCUGCUCUAUUAAGUAUCAUAAUUAUUAUAAAUAAAUGUGGAAAUUUUAAUUCUAUUUGGGGCCGAGAAUCAGAAUGGAAGGCCUAAAUGUUUCGAAAAAUAUCUAAGUUUGACUUGAUGUCGAUAUUAUUUUUUAGAUUAAUUGUUAUUAAAGGUCAAUUUAUACUAGCACAAGUUCCAAAUGCAUCGAAGUGUCUAUCUAAAACUGAGCUUAACAAAUUCAACU